UAUCCUCCCUCACCGUCAACUACAGUCACCCCCUCCCUCUCUCUCCCAUUAUUUCAACCCAAGAUCGAAGCCGUGCCAUUUGGCUUUUCUCCCUUCAAACACUCAACACCACAAAAAAAAAAUACAAAAAUAAAGAUCUACAUUCAUAAUCAAUAUCAGUUACUUCAAAUGGCCGCCGGCGAGCGACACCACCGCCGCAAAACCCCCUCCUUCUCCUCCUCCCUCCUCGACGCCAUCUACCACUCCAUCGACGACCACCCUCAAUCCCCCUCCCCCCUCCCCCUCCGCCGCAACCCCUCCGCCCACGUCGACGACGAGAUCCAGAGCCUCCGCCGCGCCAUCAUGGUCGAAAAAUGGAUGCAAAAUCACACCACCACCACCACAAAAUCAAGGCAUUUCCCCACCAAUUCAUCCUCCUCCGACUCCAAUUCCAAUUCCAGCUGCAUCUUCACCUCAUCCGAAACCGACUCCUCCUCCGCCACCCCCAAAAAACCGGACCGGUUCAACCGGACCAAAUCCACCAAAAAGCCGCACCAGCCGGUCUCACCCGGCGCCCGGAUCGCCAAUUUCCUGAACUCCAUCUUCAGCCCCAGAAAUGCGAAGAAGGAUCACCAUCACCAUCAUCAUCAUCAUCAUCAACCGGAGUGGAGCUCGGUCAGGAAAUCGAGAUCAAUGAAAGACACAAUCGCAUCGUCGUCGUCAUCAUCAUCAUCAACGAUGUCGAGAUCGUGCUUGAUGGCAGCGAACCGGAAUGCGAGUAAGUCGAAACGGUCGGUCCGGUUCAACCCGGUUCUCGACAGCGGGGGCGUGGGGAGCCGGUUUAUUAAGAAGAACAUGGAGAGCAUUUUGGUGUACGAGAAUGAGCGGAGAUGCUCCGACGCGAGCUCCGAUCUUUUCGAGCUCGAAAACAUCGGGGCUUACGACGAAGAAUUGCCGGUGUACGGAACCACACAUGUUAAUUUCAAUCGCGCCAUUGCUAGUGGCUUCGUUGUGUAGUACUCAUCGUUUCGUGUCAACGGAAAUUUCUGAUUUUCAAGAGUAUUUUAGCAUGUUUUAUCGAGCUUAGUUUGCAAAUUUUAUGGGUUAUUUGUAGGUAAAUUUUUUUAAAUUUUCGACAAAUUCUGAUUUUUUAUGUCA